AUGGCACCUAUUGCUGUCUCCCCGAAUCCCUCACCGGAACCUGCAGUUUCUCUUGCCUCCAGACACUCCCUCUCUUCCGUAACAACCUCUUACGAUGAUACCCUCCGUUUCUAUCUCAACGGCACACGAGUUGUCCUCGAUAAUAUGGAUCCAGAGAUCACUCUUCUUGAAUAUCUCCGUGGAAUCGGCCUCACAGGCACAAAGCUAGGGUGUGCAGAAGGAGGAUGUGGAGCUUGCACAGUUGUUGUUUCUCAAUACAAUCCAACCACUAAGAAAAUAUAUCAUGCAAGCGUGAACGCAUGCUUAGCGCCACUGGUCAGUGUUGACGGAAAGCAUGUUAUAACAAUAGAAGGAAUUGGAAAUACAAAAAGGCCGCAUGCUACGCAAGAGAGAAUUGCGAAAGGAAAUGGUAGUCAGUGUGGUUUCUGCACCCCAGGUAUAGUUAUGAGCUUGUAUGCACUUUUACGGAAUGACUCGAACCCUUCGGAACAUGAUGUAGAAGAAGCGUUCGAUGGAAACCUUUGUAGGUGUACAGGAUAUCGCCCAAUUCUGGAUGCAGCUCAAACUUUUAGUUCUGGGGCUGCAUGUGGAAAAUCUAAAAGCAAUGGAGGAGGUGGAUGUUGCAUGGACAAUGGCGGAGGUAGUGGUGGAUGCUGUAAAAACGAAUUGAAGGACGAUCAACCUAUCAAACGUUUUACACCUCCUGGAUUUAUCGAAUAUAACCCGGACACUGAACUCAUAUUUCCCCCACCACUUAUGAGGCAUGAAUUCAAACCUCUAGCUUUUGGCAAUAAGAAGAAGAAGUGGUAUCGUCCUGUGACUAUGGAGCAACUAUUAGAGAUCAAGAGCGUUUAUCCAUCGGCAAAGAUUAUCGGUGGAAGUACAGAAACGCAAAUCGAGAUCAAAUUCAAGGCUAUGCAAUACACUGCUUCGGUUUUCGUCGGGGAUAUUCCUGAAUUGAGGCAAUUUUCAUUCAAGGAUGACCAUUUAGAGAUCGGGGGCAAUGUUAUCCUCACGGAUUUGGAGUCGAUUGUCCAACAAGCAGAGAAGCACUACGGACCCGAAAAGGGCCAGGUUUUCAAGUCAGUAGAUCCAUUUGUCCCAGAAUUUUUCAUAUUCUUGCCAUUGAUGCUUUGGUGUCUAUCAUUGAAUCUUGUCAUAUUUUUCCUUCGGGUAACAGCCAUCCAUAAGCAGUUGAAAUAUUUCGCAGGUCGACAGAUUAGAAAUGUCGGUACCCCAGCAGGAAAUUUAGCUACUGCUUCUCCUAUCUCCGAUCUCAAUCCUGUAUUUGUUGCAUCAAACGCUAUUCUAGUCGCAAGAUCUCUGGAUAAGGAGACAGAAAUCCCCAUGUCUGAAUUUUUCAAAGGUUACAGAUUGACCGCACUCGCUCCUGAUGCAAUUAUUGCUAGCAUUCGUAUACCCGUGACUCAAAAGGGAGAGUACUUAAGAGCAUACAAGCAGUCGAAACGUAAGGAUGAUGAUAUUGCUAUCGUCAAUGCAGCUCUUAGGGUUGCCAUCGACGAUUCGCAUAUUGUAACCAGUGCAAGUCUAGUAUACGGAGGAAUGGCUCCGACCACAAUCGCGGCUAGAAAGGCUGGUGCUUAUUUGUUAGGCAAAAAGUUUUCAGAUCCCGCAACUUUGGAAGGGACUAUGAAUGCUUUGGAAGAGGACUUCAAUCUUAGUUUUAGCGUUCCUGGAGGAAUGGCGACUUACCGCAAGUCACUUGCAUUCGGCUUCUUCUAUCGCUUCUACCAUGAAAUUCUAUCUACUUUCGAGAUCAAGGAUUUGGAAGUAGACGCACAAGUUGUACCAGAGAUCGAACGUAUAAUAUCUUUCGGUAAAGAAGAUAGAGAAGCCACUGUUGCAUACCAACAGAAUGUUCUCGGGAAAGCAAGUCCACACGUAGCUGCCCUCAAGCAAACAUGUGGAGAAGCACAAUAUACCGACGACAUCCCAGUCCAAAAGAACGAGUUAUAUGGAUGCUUAGUUUUGUCAUCGAAGGCACAUGCUAAAAUCUUAAGCGUCAAUUCUGCUCCUGCAAUGGAUCUACCAGGUGUAGUUCAAUAUGUUGAUCAUACAGAUAUGCCAAGUCCAGAAGCCAACUUCUGGGGAGCACCAGUUUGUGACGAACCAUUCUUUGCUGUUGAUGAAGUAUUUACAACAGGUCAACCAAUUGGUAUAGUUCUUGCUGAUAGCGCAGCACAUGCAAGUGCAGGAGCACGAGCUGUCAAAGUCGAGUAUGAAGACUUACCAGCAAUUUUCACAAUGGAAGAAGCCAUCGAAAAGGAAAGUUUCUUCGAUCAUUACAGGUACAUAAAGAAAGGAGAACCAGAAAAGGCUUUCGAAGAGGCAGAUCAUGUUUUUACUGGUGUUUCUAGAAUGGGUGGACAAGAGCACUUCUACCUGGAAACCAAUGCUUGUGUGGCAAUACCUAAAAUCGAGGAUGGAGAAAUGGAAAUUUGGUCUGGAACUCAAAAUCCAACAGAAACCCAAACUUAUGUAGCGCAAGUUUGUGACGUUGCUGCAAACAAAGUUGUGAGUAAGGUCAAGAGGCUUGGAGGUGGUUUCGGUGGAAAAGAGACUCGUUCCAUACAAUUAUGUGGCAUUGUAGCUCUUGCAGCCAAAAAGACUGGUAAACCAGUCCGUUGCAUGCUCAAUCGUGAUGAAGAUAUGAUCACAUCUGGUCAAAGACAUCCUUUCUUAUCUAGGUGGAAAGUUGCCAUCAAUAAAGACGGCAAAAUUCAAGCACUCGAUUUGGAUAUGUUCUGCAAUGGAGGGUGGACGCAAGAUCUUUCUGGUGCUGUAUUGGAUCGAUCAUUAUCACAUUCUGAUAACUGCUACAUGAUCCCCAAUAUUCAUGUCCGAGGUCGUGUUUGCAAGACGAAUACCAUGUCAAAUACUGCAUUCCGAGGAUUUGGUGGACCUCAAGGUUUAUACAUGGCGGAGUCAUAUAUCGAAGAAGUCGCAGAUCGUCUCGGUAUGCCAGCAGAGAAGCUUAGAGAGAUUAAUUUCUAUAAGGCAAACGAGCAAACUCAUUUCAAUCAAGCCCUUAAGGAUUGGCAUGUGCCAUUGAUGUAUAAGCAGGUGCAGGAAGAAUCGAAUUAUGCCGCAAGGCGAGAGGCAAUCACCAAAUUCAACGCAGAGCACAAGUGGAAAAAGAGAGGACUCGCGAUUGUACCUACAAAGUUUGGUAUCUCUUUCACAGCACUUUUCCUCAAUCAAGCUGGAGCAUUGGUUCAUAUCUAUCACGAUGGAUCUGUUCUUGUAGCUCAUGGUGGUACCGAAAUGGGUCAAGGUCUUCAUACGAAAAUGAUGAUGGUUGCAGCUGAAGCACUUGGCGUUCCCUUGGAUAAUGUAUUCAUCUCGGAAACUGCCACUAACACAGUAGCCAACACCUCUUCUACUGCUGCAUCAGCUUCUUCCGAUCUGAAUGGAUAUGCUAUCUUCAAUGCCUGUGCUCAAAUCAAUGAACGACUUGCUCCAUACAGAGAGAAAUUCGGCCCUGAUGCCACAAUGAAACAGCUAGCUCAUGCCGCUUACUUCGACCGAGUCAAUCUUUCCGCAAAUGGAUUCUACAAGACUCCAGAUAUUGGUUAUACAUGGGGGCCUAACACCGGACAAAUGUUCUUCUACUUCACCCAAGGAGUCACAGCCUCCGAAGUCGAGAUCGAUACUUUAACUGGUGAUUGGACAUGUUUACGUUCCGAUAUCAAAAUGGACGUUGGUCGUUCUAUUAAUCCAUCUAUUGAUUAUGGACAGAUUGAAGGUGCUUUUGUACAAGGAAUGGGAUUAUUCACUACGGAGGAAUCCCUCUGGUUCCGUGCAGGACCAAUGGCUGGACAACUUGCUACUCGUGGACCGGGCGCAUAUAAAAUCCCUGGGUUUAGAGAUAUUCCUCAAGAAUUCAAUGUUUCUUUACUUAAAGGCGUGGAAUGGGAAGAUCUUAAAACUAUUCAGAGGAGUAGAGGAGUAGGUGAGCCACCACUUUUCAUGGGUAGUGCAGUAUUCUUCGCGAUUAGAGAUGCGUUGAAGGCUGCUAGAAAAGAAUAUGGUGUUGAGGCUGAAAUUGGGGAGGAUGUCAAGGGUGGCGGAUUACUGGUAUUGGAAAGUCCUGCAACACCAGAAAGAAUUAGGGUUAGCUGUGCGGAUCCAAUUUUGAAGAGAGCGGAGGUGAAACCAAGAGAGGGGGAGAAGAGUUUCUUUAUGAGUAUUUAG